GCUAAAGGCGGGGUGGCCUGCGGUUUGUGGGACUUAUUUCUGUCUGAGGUCCUAUUUUAUUAGAUUAUGUCAAACACUUGGAUAUUCUCCCGUAGAUUCCUGUUAAACAAAAUUUAAUCGUAAUGCCACAACAUCGGAAACAAGUGAAUGAUAGUUGCACUGUUCAAAACCAACCACAAUCUCGUGUGAUUCACAGGCCAAUCCCCAUAACGGCAUCAUCUGUUGUACUGUCUCCGUUUGAACUUGUUACUCCAAGGAUGCCUGUUAAGACAGUUGCUGAUGUUCCAGAUGCAGUACCAUCUGGGCACUGGUUUCAUGGAAAUAUUAGUCGUGAAGAUACCGAGAGGCUUCUUAAACAUCAUUCUGUCAAUGGCACAUUUCUGAUACGUUUCAGCACGUCAACUCAUAAAUAUGUUCUCAGUGUCAUCUACAAUCAACAGUUGUAUCAUUAUCCGAUAGAAGAGCUUUCUGACGGGUUCUAUCAGGUGAAUGGAACAAAUGCUAAAUAUUUAGGCAUUGAUUUACUUGUAUCAGAAUUUAGACGUGCAAACAAUUGUAUUGUUUGUUCGUUAGGAAAACCAGCUCCAGGUGUUCGACCACCUCCUCAUAUCACUGUCUAUGGUGUAACCAAUGAUUUACAUCAUGCUGUAAGGAAAGCAAAUCUUAAGGGUGUCCGUGAUCUCUUUACUCGUGUCACCUCUAUGGGUGGAAUUAGUUUAUCAGAUUAUGUAAAUGAGAAAUCAGCCGAUAGUGGUGCUACUCCAUUAAUUGAAGCUGCUAAAACAGGCUCCAAUGAUAUUGUUCGUCUUUUACUUGAACACAAUGCAUCUGUAAAUCUAAGAGAUUGUGGUGGAUUCACAGCUCUACAUCGGGCGUGCCAAAAGAGUUUUGCUCAUGUUGCUGAAACUCUCCUACGUGUCGGUCGAGCUAAUCCACAAAUCAAAUGUCCAUUUUCGGGGAAUACAGCACUGCAUGAAGCAGCAAUGCUGGGUCAUGCAGACUGUGUCAAUUGUCUCCUGCGUUAUCAUGCUGCUCCAUGGGCAAGAAAUGCUGAAGCGGAAAUGCCUUUCGAAUUAGCACUACGCUAUGGAUUUGCUGAUUUAGCUGCUGCACUAGCCGGUUAUAAACCGGCUCCAGCGAUUACAACUCAGAGUGAUUGGUUUCAUCCUUCUCUGUCGAAAUCUGAAACAGAUAAAAUAUUUUCAAAUUGUUUAGCAACAAAAGAUGGUGCAUUUUUAAUCCGACGAUCAUCACAGUCAGAGAGGAAAUUUGUCCUUGUCCUAUACUAUCAACAUCAAACAUUAAAAUAUCAAAUUGAAGUAGUCGAUUUCUCAUUUCAUAUGGAUACAAAAGAAGCAUAUUUUAUUGAUAAGGGUCCACUUCAUUUAUCUUUAGAGCAUUUAGUUGAGCAUUACAGUCGUUUUGCAGAUGGUAUCCCUGUACGCCUACACUACGCAAUAUCACCAUCUGGUCGAGUUACUAAUAUAGAACAAUUAACAACACAAAAUUUAGACAAUAAUAAUGGUCGAGAAUUACGCAAAGUUGAAUCAUCCGCUUCUAGUGGUGGUGGUGAUGCAUGGGCGUUGAGAACAAUCUCAUCCAGUAUACACGGUGGUCGUAUGGGUGCACCGUUGUCUAUGUCGAUAGCUAAAGGAAACUCACGUCAUGGACAGAAUAAAUCGAAUCAGGGAAAACAUCAUAGUUCUUCAAGUUCAGGCAUCUCUGGUAUGUCUAGUGGCGGCGGUGGUGGUCUCCUUCCAGUUGCCGCCGGUUUACAAUUAACUGCUUCUGGUACUUCAUGUGUUGGAUCAACUAGUGGAUCGGGGGAACUUCGACUAAUUCCUAGUGAUGCAGUUAUCCUGUUGUAUAGACUUGGUGAAGGAGAAUUCGGUGAAGUGUAUCGUGGUAGAUUACACUUGGAUAGUGGGAUAAUUCAAGAAGUAGCAGUUAAAGUUCUUGUUCAACCAUCCCAACGGUUGGACUUUUUAAAAGAAGCAACAAUUAUGAUGCAGUUGUCACAUCCGCAUAUAAUAACCAUCUAUGGUGUUUGUGAAAAUAAACGAUUAAUGAUGAUAUUGGAGUUAGCUGAACUUGGCAGUCUGUUAGACUAUUUAUUAGAUUAUCCAGAAAAAUGCCAGUUGCCAGAGUUAUACAAUUGGAGUAUGCAGAUAGCCAGUGGUAUGAGUUUUCUAGAAUCGGCUAGAUUUGUUCAUCGUGAUCUAGCCUGUCGGAAUGUCCUUUUAUCAAAUCAUUCAUGCGCGAAAAUCUCUGAUUUUGGUCUAUCUCGUGCUGUCGGUGUAGAAUCUGAUUACUACAAGGCAACUCAACGGGGUAAAUGGCCAGUGAAAUGGUACGCCCCAGAAUCAAUCUACUAUAAAACAUUCAGUCAUGCAAGUGAUGUUUGGUCAUUCGGUAUCUGUUUAUGGGAAAUGUUCUCUUUAGGCGAGCAUCCUUAUGCAGAUCAGGAUAGUUUUGAAGUACUGCGUCAAAUUGAAGAAGGCGUCCGUCUGCCAAGACCUCAUCUAGCUAACGAUGAUGUCUUUGCUAUAAUGCACGAUUGUUGGGCGUAUAAUCCAGAUGCUCGACCGACAUUUGCUCAACUGUUGGCUGUUUUUCAACAUCUUGCGACAAAUGUUUACGAGAAUGUUGAACCGCCUGAAGUUGUUGUCGCUGCUGGUGGUGGUAAUACUGCGGCUGCCGCUGCUGCUGUUAAUGCUUGUAAUAAAGUUGUGAUGAAAAAUGGUGUAGGCAGCGGGAGUCAUAAUCCUCCUUCGCAGGCUAGUGGUACUUCCCCAGCUGUUACUACAACCACCAGCGGCAGCACCAUUGCUGUUACCCCGCAACUCAAUGAUAUCAGUGAUCGACGAUCAGCUGGUUGUACAAAUGUGCGUAUUCCUAAUCUUGUUAACACUAACGGAUCAUAAUAAAUAAAUCAAUCGAUAAAUCAAUAUCCUAGUCAAAAUAGUAGAUGGUUAGUUUGUUCAGAGGUGGACACUUGUGGAGUUUGGCUUGUCUAUCCUGUACUCUAAAGACUUUGGUUUUAUGUCUGCAGUUCGGUUGUGACAGUGUCUGCGUGUGUGCAUGUGUGUACAGGUAAUAUUUCACUUCAGUCCACAAGUCUCUUGUGUCCAUUCUGCAUUUGAUUCAUUCUGUAUAUUUGAUGCUUGGGAGCUUAUUUUGCUCUGAUAUACUACUGUCACUUUUGUUAGUAGUAUCUAUCAGUAGUCAUGAUAAUAAUCUACCUCUACUUCUGCAUUCACACUGUCUGUUCCUCUUGAUUUUCAAUCAAUCAAUUUCUUAUUUUGUGUCUCUUGAAUGAUAGAAAACAGCUAAAAUGUGAGAGGAGUUCACUGCUUUAAACCUCCUCGCCCCCUCCCUCCCUCUCGCCAACACAUUCAUAAUUCCCUCCUUUUCAAUGCAUUCAAUACAUUUGUCUUUCUUGCAUUUAUCAUCAUGUUCUUCUACUUCUUCUUCUAGGCAUAUUUUAAACUCUUCUUCUUAAUUUUGAUUUUUUAUUGAUUUUUUUCAACUGACUGACUGUGUUAUUCUUCUGUCUUGAAACCGUGACAUCUCCUAGUGUCUUUGAUAUCGCUUCUCCAUUAUUUGUUAAUGUCCAUGUACAUUAUCGUGAUAAUAAUAAUAAUAAUCAGUGAGAGUGUUUCAUUCAAAUUUCCUGUAUUCACUUUUGUACAAUAACUAACUACUUCCUUCCGGUUAGUAGCAAUUGUCUUCUUCUUCAAUUUUUUAUUUACCAUUCAAUGUUCAAUUUUCGUCUUUUUUGUUUAAUUUUUAUUGUUAAUAUUUUUGAAACUUACAUACAAUUGAUUAAUAAUAAUAAUAAUAUUAUUUCUUUUUAUGUGACAAUAAUCAAUAUUUAAUAUUGAUUUGUUCAUUUAUUUAUUUAUUUAUUUAUCCAGUUAUUUGUUUUAAUGUAUCAAUUGUUUGUUAUUAUUUGUUGAUGUUGUUAAUUUGAAUUCAUCUUUAUUCAUAGAAACGAACAUUUAAAUUUAUUAUUAUUAUUUAUUUUGCGUAUGUGUGUUUACCGGGUUAUUAUUCUGCAUACAAUAAAUUUCAAUUCAAACAAUGAUAGGAAUAUAAACAUAUUAGUUACAAUGACAAUGACACUGGUACCUGCCUACCUUACCUUAACUUCUAUUCUCUUGACUAUAUUGACACUUAUUGGUGAUUUAUGUGCAUUUCUUUUCUGUUCUAGUAUUUGUGUGUGUGUGCUUGCGUGUGUUUGAAUGUAUGUGCGGUCCAGGCGGACUUGGUUGUCAACUGCCUACGUCUCGGGUUCGAAUCCCGCUUCACUUAAGCGAGGUUUGGGCGCAGCCAGGUAGGGGUAUUCAUUAACGCCUACCCUCGAUGCACACACACAAUAGGUGUGAUGGUAUACGUGCAUGUAUGUAUGUGUGCGUGUGUGCGCUUGUGAAUAUUUGCCUGCAUUUUCUUCCGUCUUCUUCUCCUUCCUUCUUGCAAGACGACAUGUAUAUGAUUAUUUCGUUUUCAUCUCGUCUGAUGUUUCAUUUCUCUCUGACACUCACACACACACUUAUUUUUCAUUUAAUGAAUAAUUAUUAAGUUAGUUCUUGAUGAAUUUGUUUUCAUUGACAUUGCAGAAGAAAAUAUUUAAAAAACAAAAUAUAUAUACAACAGUGGAAGC